AUGCGCACUUCGCAUGUAUUGCUUAACGUUAUUGCUAAGAUAGCUAACGUUUCGCCGUGAGCUAGUGAAUAGACGUGAACACAGAAUGGCAGAACUCUUCGUGCGCGUUCUUCUCGUCGUUGGUUCAGUCACGUGUGCAUCACUGUCGCCUCUGAACACGGAAAGUCUCGUGAUUAACGUGACCGCGGGGACAGUGGCGGACACUGAGCUGCAGCAGUCCAACAACUUACAGAUAAAUCUGAACAUAUCUGUGAGUGAAGAGCAGGUGAUGGUCAAUGAAGUCCCAGUAGAACUGUCCGAGGUCACCAGGUUCAACUGUCCAGCUCUGCUCUUGGACAGCAUCAAUGGAAGCAGUGAGUUUGAAUCUGGGGACUUGGUGUCCACCGUCACCAGGGUGAUGGUGAGCCAGAACCGUCUCUACAGCAGCUCAGACCAGGUGUUGGCUCUGCAGGUGUUCAGUGAAGUCAUAGAGAUGGAGGGCAAAGAGGUCCAGCAGCCCGACAUGUGUGAGGUGAAGAUUCUGAUGAGUCCAGAUUUCCAGAAACUGGCCCAGUUUAUCAACGUCUACCCUAUUGGACACAGCGAGAUCUUCAGGGUUCCCAGAGAGAACGACGUGGUCGUCACCAAUCCACCAAAUCCUCGGAGAAACGAGGAUCAGCUGAUAUCUCAGACCACCAGUCAGUACCCACUGAAGCACACAGACACCACCCAGGAGGAGACCGCAGCUCCAGGGAAACUCCCAGAGACUCCUCUACGUAUGGAUCCGGACCUGCUCCAUGACGUCAGAUACCAGGAGUUUGACGAGCGAGAGCAGAGCCAGUCGGAUCGGAUUCAGAUGGGAACUCCGCCCACAGAGCUCAUGUCAUCUUACUCGGCCGUGUGUCAGUGGAUGGAGCAGCUGCGGGAGCGUCUGAGGCGUUUCUGCUCCGAGUCCCUGCCUCUCUUCUUCCUGGUCAUGUGGGUGGUAGUGAUCGGCGUUGCAGGGUCUGCGGUCAUCGUCAAGAUCCUGGACAUGUUCUUCCCUACGUGUGAACACAAGCACAUGUUCCACAUGAACCCCGUCACUGUCACGGCAGACGAUGAGAAGCACACUCUGUUGGAGAGCAUGGAGAGCAUAGAGACAGAAGCAGAGGAGGAGGAGGAGGAGGAGGAGGAAGACAAGAAUCAGGAUCCUUGAAUCAGGAUCCACUCAAUGAUUCCCUUUACUGUCACUUUGUUCUUGUUUAUUCUUCACAGUGUCAGCGCGGCCUGGAUUUGUCUCUCGCUUCUUUUCUGAUUCACUUUAGUUUGCCCUCAGAUUUGCUCGUGUGAUGGAAACAAACGGCGUCAGAGUCUGUGAAAAGUUACGCUAAUUCCAUUAGAAAUGACUAAAAGUUAUUUAAAACUU